GAAAUCGAGCGGAAGCGGAAAGGACUUGCUGUUGCAGGCGGAAGGUGUACUUUUGCUGUCAGAGAGCUGUACAAGAGUCACAGGAGCUGAGACGCUGAUCAGCUGUCUUGCCACCAUGGGUCUUCACUUUGGGAAUCUGGCUAAGGUGAGGCAUGUGAUCACCUACAGUAUUUCCCCAUUUGAACAGAAGGCUUUUGCCAACUACUUUUCCAAGGGAGUCCCCAAUUUGUGGAGGCGAUUUAGGUCAUCUGUAUUCAAAAUUGCACCACCCCUGGCUCUGACGUACCUGACCUACACAUGGGGCAAUCAUGUUCAUGAAGAGUGCAAAAAGAAGAAUCCCGCUGACUUCGAGAAUGACGAUUAAAGUCGCUCCCUUGAAGACGUCUCUUAUGUAAUUUGUUUCUGUACAAUUCUUAAAUAAAAUAUUGAUGUGGAAA